UGUCCCCCUGUCCUGGCCUGCUUAUCUUCAGUAAGGAUCAGAAAGUCACUAGAGCGGCCAGCAAUGAGACCAAUCUUGGUACCCAGUGUGUUGGUACUGACCAUUUUUCUGCUGUGCAUAGCUCCGACAGAUGCCCGCUGCUUCACAAACUGGCGUCCAUACCGCGACGUCAGGUGCUAUGUUGAGAUCGUCAAUCAUCGCUAUUUACUCCGGGCUUGUCCUGCGGGCGAAUACGUAAAUCCAGCUACAUGCUAUUUGGAGAGGAAACCAAGCCACGUAAAAACGGAACACAGAACAGAUUGUGAUCAUGCUUUGCGUGGUGAAGCAGUUUAUGUUUCCUGGAGUGAUUUCCAUACUCACAAAACAACGAUUAAGACUACCACCACGACCCCCACAACAACGACAACACCAACAACGACGACAACAACACCAACAGCGACAACAACACCAACAACAGCGACAACAACACCAACGACUACAGCAACGACGACAAUAACAACGGCGACGACAACAACGACGACAGCAGCGACAACAACCACACCUGUACACGACAACGACACAUGUUACAGAAGUCAUUCAUAUUAUAGAGAUAUUUUUGACAACGCAAGGACAGAAAAUUGCUUUUCACCAUAUUAUGUUUUUACAAAACUGGAUUAUCUGCGGAAAGUUGAUCUCAGUUGUCUUUCAACUUUAGUUCAUGUGAUGGCGAGUCUUAGUUUACCCAGCUGUGGAUGUUCUGGCACCCAAAUAUCAUAUCCGUAUCGCGGGGAUAGCAGUAAUACGCAUUACUAUACGUGUAGGAAUAACCAAAUCUUUCAAGAGGUAAUGAACACAUACUUGACUGACCAACCUCAACAUUCUGGCGAAAGUAAAGUGACAACAGUAAAUUGUCAUAGUCGAAAUAAAGUCUGGAAAGAUCUACUCCGUUUACUGAAUGAUGGCACAGAAUGCUUUGUUGAUUUUGUCUAUCAAAUGGAUGUUGCCUAUUUUUAUAACCAUGAACCAAGCUGCCAAAAUGCUUGCCAGUCAACUGGAACUACACAGUCUCAGAGUACGUCUACACAGUCUACAAACCAUCAACUGUCCCAAAGUGAAAAAUACGAGGCUUACAAGAAGGGAGAAUGUCUAAGUGAACACACAUUAUGGUCAUUCCUUUAUUAUGAAGAUAAAUAUCCAGAGGGAUUGAACAGGAAACAACUGAUACAGAAGAUGGCAGCACUCUAUCCUUCCAGUUCUGAUGAUAAAUGUACUUGCACGAAAUCGUUCGAUUUACACUAUAAUGACUAUGGAACUCAAGAUAACACAGCCUUGUCUUGUUCGAGGAAUACUCAAAGCUCUGCAUACAGAGGUGCUAUAUCCCAUCUACUGGAUCAUAUGAAUUUUGUUCAACCAGCUCCCCAGCGCUGCCAAUCGCACGCAUCUGUUUGGCGGGAACUUAACGAUAUUCUACAAAACAACCAUGAUGGCGAACGUUGUGUGGAGAACCUUAUUCAUCAUUUAUAUGGUGCCGUAUAUCAACAAGGAGAUCCAUGUUCAUGUCAUGCAGAAAUGACAACAAAACCAACAACACAAUCAACAACUACAACCCAAUCACCAACAAUAAACACGACAACAACCACAACAGCACAAGCAGUAACAAACACAACUCUUCCACCGACAACUAAUGCCACCAUGAACACAAUCACAGUACCAACUAUAACAAUAACUAACGUGAAUUCUACUACAAACCCUCUACAAACAACUACAAUCAAUAAUACAACCAAUACAACAUUAACACCUUCCAACUCAACAUCACCAGGGACAACUACAGGCAGGUUAAUAGACACGUAA